UCCCGCUAUAAAUAUUUUGUGAGGAUUUUUGGAGAUUCUCACUCGUAUAGUUCAGCUCAUGGGAGUCAUUCCUAUGCCUGAAUGCUACGGCCCCGAGUCGAGUGUGGUUUCCAGAGAGGAGAAUUAGAUUCUAGUCAGUGCUUGGAUUUCUGGGCUAUCUCGGGUCUUAAGUAUUUUCUCGGAAAGAAGCAUUGAUUUUUCUCUUCUUACCAUUUGCUGAAAACAAGGGUGAAUUGGGCGUGUGUUUGUAUUUCUUCUACUUGUUUUCUUGCUUUGUCAAUUUGCAUAUAGCCGCUUUCUUCUCCACAGCCUCUGUGAUUUCGUUACCAUAUUGUUUGUGGGAGUCUUGGACUUCAAUUAAAACAAACCGCAGCAGAAAAUGUGUAACAGCAGCAAUGGGGGUGGUGGUGGGGGUGAGGAGUGGGACCCAUGUGCUAAGAAGCAGAAGCAUCAGCAAAAUAAACCACGGCAGAGAGGGCUUGGAGUUGCGAAGCUUGAGAAGAUAUUGAGAGAACAGAAGGAUAAGGAAGAGAACAAGGUGGCUGUUGCAGAAUUCUCUUCACGCUUGCUUUCUGCUCUUCCUCGGCAGUAUCAGCCUCCGUCUUCCUCUUUCCUCUGUCCAGUGUUGCCUCCGGUGACUGCACAGCCUCCCAUGACAAUGAUGAGUCUCUCUUCUUCGACUACUUCUGCUAUGCAUGUUCCUUUAACCUCGACAUCUGUCCCCUUUGGCCCAUCUCCCUUUACAGUGCCAGUCCUUUAUGGUAAUGCCGGCAUGAAUUCAACUAGUGGGGUUGGUGUUGGCGGUGGCAGUGGUGUCUUUGGUGAGCCCGCCACGGCUGUGCCGGGGUGUGGCUGUUUUCCCAGUUCUUGCGAGUCAAGUCUUCAUGGGGAUCCUAGGAUUGAAUCUAAUAGAAUGAAUACUGCCCCUCUUGUGCUGCAAAGAGAACAAUAUCCAUACCCAUCUCCAACGAUGAAUCCUUCUCCGUUGUCUGCCGCUUGGUCAACCUCGUUUUCAGCGGGACGAAAUCAUCAAAUAGAGCACCCUUCAAACCAAAGGCCUUAUGCCAACUACAAUUUCAUAAGGCCAGAGGAACAGAAGGCAUGUGCCAUUUUCCCCACUGCCCUUCUUUUGGACCUUCUCUUCUUCUCUUUGCUGAUUCUAGUUGAUUUAUUUUAA